AUGGCCAAGGGAAAUGCCCACAAUAAUGGCGCAAAGCCAAAUGAAAAUGGAACUGGAACUUAUGGCCAUCACCAUGGGAAGCACGACAUUCUUUGUGACGGAUUUGUUCUCUAUCCAUGUCAAGCAUAUGGAAACGCCCACGCUAGGGAUUUCAACAAUGUCGACGACGUGCCGUUUGUGCUUCACCCGUGGGCUCUUGGACCUCGCGCGAAGUCGAAACAGGAAUCUGGUGAUGCUUUCGUGGGGACUCCCUACGUUGCCGAUCCGCUCCAGGUCUGGCCAGCAGUGUUCGCACAGGAGGACGCCCCGGUGACUGCUCACAAAACACCAGACACGUUGGCAGAGCAGAAGCUGUCCCAAGCUGCAAGACAACUACACGACCAAGCCGUUGAAAGUAGGAAGGUUUACGACAGUUUCCAUAAAGACUACAGGAAGGAUGUCAAAGAUGUUGACAAAUACGUGACUCAAGACAUCCGCCAACGAAUAUGGGAGGCCAAGGUCGAACGAAACCGAAAAUAUCGAGAGAAGCGCGCCCAGGAGGACAGGCAGCUCACUCUCCAACGCGACAAGUUAGCGUCGUGCCUGAAAAAUAUGUACGAGGCCACUGAUAAGCUCCCCGGCGGACAGUCAUCGGCUGGCGGAUACGACUCUCGAGAAUUACACUUUGAGAAGCUACGAGCAACAGGAAAGCGAGUUGACCGUUUGGCCGGAAAGGCUUUAUCGAAUGAAGCAGCCUGCAAAGAUCUGGUAUCCGAGUUGGCAGAUCUGGAGCACCUGGUGAACCCAGAGGAAAGUGCCGCCAAGAUACUGUACCGAUUCGACAAACGACAAAAGGCUGCAGUCGAAAAAGAUGAGAGUGAUGAGGAAAGUGCUGUCGAUGGGGGUCCCAUCGACCUUGAAGACGAUGCUGAGUAG